UCGCAACGUGGCUACCAGUGUGAUCGAAAUGGAUUUCAAAUUAAGCUAUUUGCAGCUGGCCGUUCUGGCAGGAUGCAUUCUGUUGUUUAUUCCGGUACAGGGAAGACACCGAGGAGAGACCAGGUCAAGAUGUGCCUUUUACCGAGAGAACUACAUGAGAUUGAUGCAGAACUUUGGGCGCUGUUCGGAGAAAUUCGUGUGCAGAAAAUUGCCCGAAGAUCGCACGUGUGAGCUCCAGUGCAUUCCCAAAUCACAGAGAUGUGAUGGAUCACCGCAAUGCCCCUUACAGGACGACGAAGAAACAUGCCCGACUAUAUGCGAGCCUGGAUCCCUGCUGUGUCCCAGCGGCAAAUGUGCUCCUGUAUGUGACGGACCAGCUCAAUGUGACGGACAGGGAGACGGAAACGAUGAUGAGAGGAAAUGUCCUUGCCCGAUGAAUAAGAUUCGCUGUCCUAGCGGCCAGUGUGCAGUCAAAUGUGACGGAAAUCCUGAGUGUGAUGCGUCCCUGGAUAUGGCCAUAGACGAACAAAACUGUCCCUGUUUGCCCGGCCAAACCAGAUGUCUGAACGGGACGUGCGUCGCUCCAUGUAACACCGAUUCUGAGUGUCAAAAUGGCGAGGACGAAGCUAUGUGUACCUGUCCAAGUGGAUUCUUCACGUGCUCGGACAAGUCCUGUGUAAGACCAUGUGACCAAAACCCCGAAUGCGCCGACCAGAGCGACGAAGACCCCAACAUGUGCUACGGGGGUAUCUGCAGGCUGAACGCUGUCAACGACGGAUGUUCGAUUUUUUCUAAUGAAGCAGCAAUAUGUUUCGGCGAUGGAUCAGGCGCGUGCAAUCCAUUGAGAGGCUUGGUUAAACGACAGAAUAAAGAUGUUUGUUUGUGUGUGAGUAGUGGAAACGACAUUGGACCAGACGUGUGUCGUCGUCUAGGCUACAGGUGUGUGUGGUGA